AUGACUGAUAAUUUAAUUAAAAAAAAAAAAAAUGAGAAGUUAUUAAAGAAGAAAAAUAGGAUGGAAAAGGUAAGUAGUGAUGAUAAUAAACCUAUUUAUAGAAAGAAAAAAAAGGUGAAAUUUAAUGAUUUGGAAUGUGAAUUAAAGGAAAAAUUAAAUAACAUCAAAGAGGAAAAAAUAAGGAUAAAUGAUAAAGGGGAAAAAAAAAAAAAAAUACAUUCUACUAGUAACAAUAAUAAUGGUAACAUUAGUGGUAGUAAUAAUGAUUAUUAUAAUGGUAAUAACAAUUAUGAUAAAAAUAAUAAUGUAGUAGUAGAUACGAGUUCUGUUGCAGUUACGGAUUAUACAACUAUGUUACCUCCAAGAAAAAAAAUAAAAAAUAUGAAAAAAGAAGACAAUAAUGAAAGUGAAAUGAAGAAUGAGGAUAAUUUUUAUUAUACUCUUGAUGAAGAAUAUACUAAGCACGAAAAAAAGAAAAGUAAUGAUCUUAUUCAAAUUAGUAAACAACUUAAGAAUGGUGAGGACAAUUUAACAGAAAAUAAAAAAAAUGUGAAAUAUAAAAAUUCAUGUAAUAGCGAAGAGGAUAUAUUAAAAAAAAAGGAAAAAAAAAGUAGUUUAAAAGAGAAAAAAAAAAAAAAAGAGAAGAAUUUUAUCAUACAAGGUAAGAAAAAUGAAGAACAUAAUGAAGAAGAAGUUAGUACCAUGUGUAACCUAAAAAAAACAACAAAAAACAAUAAAAAGGAUAAAACAAAAGUGCAUAAUUUUUUAAAAGAAAAUCAUAGUAAAACUAGGAAAAAUAAUUUUAAAAAUGAUAUUAAAAAACUUAGCAUUUAUAAUAAAAAUAAAGAAAAUAUUAAAAUGACUUUCGAAGUGACCAAUCGUUUUACAGUGUUAGGUUGUGACUGGGAUAAUAUUUCGAGUGUUGAUGUUUUUUACCUUUUUGAAUCGUAUUAUAAUUUUGAAAAAAGAAAAAAAAAAUUUAUCGAUUAUAGUAAAAGUAGAGCAGUUAAAAAGGUUACUAUUUAUACGUCCAAGUACGGAGAGAAAAAGCUUAAGUACGAGCAAGAGCAUGGACCCCUAAUUAAUUUUGAUCUUUUAAGGAGGAAAGGGGAAAAUGAAGGGGCCUUAUACAGAAGAAAUAACUUUUUGGACUAUAUAAAAGAUGAUGAAAGUGUACAAAGUGGUCACAGUGAGGGUAAUGACAAAGGUGAGGGAAGUAAAGGAAGUAACCAAGAUGAAAACAAUGGAGAAAAUCAAUCAGAUGAUAAAAAUUUAAAAAAAAAAAAAAAAAAAAAGGCGAAAAAGAAAAGUUCAAACAUAGCGAAAAUUAAAAAAGAAAGAAAUAAUAAUUGCGUUAUAUGGAAUAGACACGUUGACGAAGAGGAAGAAGAAGAAAAUGAAAAAAUUCGUUUAUAUCAAAUUCAACGGUCAAGGUACUAUUUUGCGUUAGUAGAAUGCUAUAGUAAAGAAAUAGUUGAAUUUUUAUAUGAAGAGUUGAAUGAUAUGGAUGCAGAUUUUUGUAUCAAUUAUUUAGAUCUUAGAAUAAUUGAUGAUAAUUGUUCGCUUGAUGACUAUAAAAUAAAAGAGACAUGUGACAGAAUUCCAGAGAAUUAUCAAUUCCGUUAUAGUAUUAGCACUGCUUUGAAACAUACGUAUGCUAAGUCAACGUGGGAUGAAAAUCCUAAAAGAAAAAAAUUAUUAUCGACAAAAUUUACUGAAGAAAACUUAAGAGAAUUAGAUUUAAAAGAAUAUUUAGCCAAUUCUUCCAGUGAUGAUGAAGAUGACCAUGAUAAAAAUAUAACUCCAGUUAAUAAAAAUGAAAUGUGCAAUAAGGAACAUUAUAGAAAACUACUUCUGGGUGAUAUUAUAAAUGAAAAUACCACACCAAAUGAGAAAGAAAUAAAUAUUGAUUAUUUUCCUUCGGAUAAUAGUAGCGAGCAUAGUAGUAAUAGUGACGAAGGAGAAAGAAAGGAAAAAUCUGCAGAUGAUGGUAACAAAGAAAAGGAGUGUUCUGGGCAUUUUAAUAAUAAUGAGAAAGAGACAAUAAAGAAAAUCAGUGUUGCACAUCUUAUUAAAAAAGAAAAAUUUGAAAAGAUUUCAACUAAUAAUAAGAAAGCACAAGUCAGUAAUACGAAUCAGAAUAAUCUUACAAUGAAAAGCAAUAAUAAGAACAAUAAUGAAAAAAACAAAUAUAAAACAAAGGGACAGCACAUUAUAACUGAUGAUGAUAAUAGUGAUAAAGAUAAUGAAGUUGUUCAAGUUUUUAAAAAUAUAUUAAUAAAUAAAGAGAAAAAAGAAGAUAAGAAAACCCCUUGGGAAACAUAUUUAGAUAGAGUAAGACAUAAAAGGAAAAUAAAGAAAAAAGCAUAUAUAGAUUCAAUGAAAAAAAAAGAUGAAGAAAUAAAAAAAAUAAUAACAAAAAAAACAAAUAAAAGAAAAAAAGAUGCCAUAAUAAAAAAUCAAGGAGAAAAUGUUAACGAAAAAAUUAACGAAAAUCACCAAAUCGAUAGUAGAUUUGCAGAUUUGUAUAAAAAUAAAGAUUUUAAUUUGGAUAUAACAAAUCCUAAUUAUAAGAAAACUAAAUUUAAUGAAGAUAUUCUUCAAAAAAAGUUAUAA